GCCCGGUGAGUCUGAGUUGAAGGUAUGCAAUAGAGCAGCUUGUUGCUCGGGGCAACGACACAUGAAUAGUGGUACCCCGGGACUUCAAAAUUACUUCUUUCACCAAAAAUCCAUCUACUGCGUCAGGUACCAUGCACAUGGGUCUUCCAAUGCUCCGCUGUGCUCUCUGAAUGAUUGGUCACUGGCACCUUUUAUUCCCAACUCAUACACAAAUCAGGGGACUUAACUCUUCCAACUUCCUACAUCCGUCCACGAUAACCUAGGAUCUCUUUGAGCGGUAAUCUGGGUACGUGUGUUAUUGAAAGCAUAUUGGACGGGUAGACAGUACGGUUGUGAACGGCCGCGCAACAUGAGCUCAAGAACGGCCACUGCGCCGACAUCGGAAGGGACUCGGGAGAGGAGUCACCGGAGGAAGGUCGCCUUCUUGGGACCUUUUGCUUCAUAUUCUCAUCAGGCGACAAAAUCUGCCUUUCCAAACCAGGAUAAGUGGGAACUCAUCCCUACAACGACGAUCAGAGAGGUCGUUGACGAAGUCCAGGCCUCCAAUGUGGAUUUCGGCGUUGUCCCCUUCGAGAACUCAACCCAUGGCACCGUCAGCUUCACCCUCGACUGCCUUGCCGACCGCGCCUCUACCUACCCUAACAUCACCAUCUGCGGCGAAGCCUACCUAGACGUCCAUCAUUUCCUUCUAGGCCGGAGGAAGUCUUCCCUACUACCUAAUGUUGACCAAAACGCAAAGGGGACGCCCCUAACUUCCCUCUCCCACGUCAAACGCGUCUACUCCCACCCCCAAGCCUUCGGCCAAACCGCCAAGUUUUUCGCCACCUAUCUCAAGGGCGUCGAGACCAUCGAGGUCUCCUCCACUAGCAAAGCUGCCGAGCUCGCUGCUGCUGACGCCACCGGCUCGAGCGCUGCCGUAGCGGGUGAAGUAGCCGGCGAGAUGGCCGGCCUGGAUGUCCUUGCGCGCUGCAUUGAAGACCGCGAAGACAACACAACCCGCUUCUUUGUCCUGCGCAGACGACCCUGCAGCAGCCGCAGCGACGACGGUGUCGAGCAGGAGGUGCAGCUGCCCGAGGGAUUGCCGUGGACCACGGAUCGGGCAGAGUCUCUGCUUGGGUCUCCGACCUCGGGAGGAUCGCCCGUUUCUCUAUCGCCUCGUCCGUCUUCGUCGGUUUCUGGCAGCUACGGCGGGAGGAAUGAUGAUACGGAGAGGAUUGACGCUUACAAGGGCUUGUAUAAGUCUAUGGUCUCGUUCACGGUGCCGCAUCAUACGCCCGGCGCGCUGGCAGAUGUCUUGGGGUGCUUCAAGCGGAGAGGCCUGAACCUGACGAGCAUCAAUAGCUUGCCGAGCCUGAUUGCGCCGUUUCAGUAUCUCUUCUUUAUCGAGUUUGAGGGCAAUCGGUGGGAUGAUCCGGAGGGGAGGGUGAGUGGGUUGGUUGGGGAUGUGGAGUGGGUUGAGGGCGUGGCGGAACGGUGGAGGUGGUUGGGUAGUUGGUUGAAUCAAAGGAGGAGGUAAAAUGGAGGACAUACUCAUCGGACAGGAUAGGCAAAAGAUUGAGAAGGGGGGAUCAAAAAUAGACUGGCUGGUUUACAUGAGGCGUGUCAUAUAUGCCAUGGGAUGAAAAAUGGGCUAGAUACUAGGAAACCUCCAGAGUCAUCCAACGCUUGAGAUUAUGCUGGCUCACGUUCGUCGACAGAAAUCCUCAACCAUCUACCAAUCUAGUGCGAAGCAAAUGGAUUAAAUCCUUCUUGGUGAGGCCAUCCACCACCUAGGGGUCUGCCUCAGGAAGGAUGUUGAACAGAGUACACUUGAAUCGAUAAAGCGGUGCGACUAACACUUCUUUGGGAUGGCUUCGCAUUGUUGCUUCUCUUGCGAUUGCUUUUGGUCUGUAAUCCGAGUAUCAGGUUGAGUCAUCGUGAUCCUACCUCUCCAAUCGGCAGCUCACCACCACUAUUGAGCAUUUUUCUGAGCCUCAAACGCUUAUGGUCUUGGUGAGAAUGACACCAAGUACAAUUCAAUACUGGUUUCUUAAUUUGGUUCUUCGGCCAUGGGUUGAAUAGGGGAAUUUUUGGGGCUCUCAUUGGGCUCCAAAGAGAGAAACUGG